ACACGUUUAAUAUCAAAUCUGACGUUUACGACGUAUUUGUGAAUACGGAGGAGAGUUUUCAAAAGGUGGGAGAAAGAAAUCUGUGGUUGUUGCGGUACGCAAACUGUAUUCUGUGCAGAGAGGGAGGCAGGACAGAUGAGAUCUUUAAUUAGCCCCUCAAACCAUUUGCUGAUGAUGGGGGUCAGAGCAACAGGACGCCAGUCAUAUAAGCAUUAUGCUUUAUGUAUUUUUGGGUGAAGUAUCACUUUAACCUUAUUGUUGAUGAACUAAAUAACGUUUUAUUAGACAGGUUAUUUGAAUAAAUACUGUUAAACGUUUAAAGGAUGUGUUAAAGGUACAGUUUGUAAGAAUUGUGCAGUAAAAUAUCCGAAAACCACUAGGCCAAUGUUAUAUAUUUUUUACAAUAUACUUACACUAUCUCAAAUGUUUUCAACUGCUUCUUAAUCCAUCUACAAUAAAAUCACAUUUGGUAUAUUUUUGUAUGUUUUUGAGUUUUUAGUGAGGGACAUGUAAAAUGUCUUUACAAACAAGUUUUGAAAACGUUCCCAUAAUAAUGAAAUCUUAUAUUAUUGUACUACAUUCAUUUAAAGCCCCAAACUUCUUAUGCAUUUUAACAAUUGUUCUCAUUAGGGUCUCCUUGAUUGCUCCCUCUCAAUUUUAAGAGUUGAUACUUGAAUAAGACACUACUGAAACGUAAUCAAAUGUCCAAAAAUGUCUCCGCAAGGUUCAAUAUUACUAGUGCUAUUUGACAUAAUAUCAUAGAUGUUCAUAAAUCUUAACCUUUUGAUUUCAAACCAUUUGCAGUAUAAAUGUGUAAAAACAGGGAAAGCUAUUACUUGGCCAACAUUCAGAACGCGCAAAAGUUAACAUAACUGAAAACAGCGUUUUGCUUGUGUAGUCUCUUUCGGUUACGCAAAACAAGGCAACGUAGACCAGGCGCUGAGCAACGCAGGACAAAACAGAAAAAUGGUCAAGCAAGUGGUAACAACAAUAUGUUUUAUUCUUUUCCAUUGCGUUAUUUGUUACUGGGCGUUUAGGUCAUCUUGUAACAUACCCUCGUCCCCAAAAAGCAUACCGACGAUUGCGAAGUAUUUUGGCACCAAAGGUCGGUAUGAAGAGGUUAACACAUAUUUAAUCGAUGACAUUGUCUCCAUAAACAAUUCAAUAGCGGCGCUCCCUUCCUCGAAAUGCAGUGCGAUUCAUCUGACGGCUAUAAUUCGUCAUGGAACGAGGUUGCCGUCCAAUUCAAAGGUACACAAUAUGUUGGAUUUCUAUAAUCUAGUGAUGCGUAACGCCUCCGACAAAUUGAACUGUUUGUCAGAGAUCAAAUCACAUUGGACGAUGUGGUACACUGAAGACAUGGACGGGCAACUGGUGGACAAAGGCAAUGAUGAUCACCGGUAUUUAGCGCAAAGACUGAUCAAAUGGUUCCCAUCUCUGCUCUCCUUGGACAAUGUGCGUAACGGAGGCGUACAACUGAUGACUAGCACCAAACACAGAUGUGUGAACAGUACCAUCGCUUUUAGAACGGGACUAAUGCAAGGACUGAAUAUAGAAGAAGAAAGAGUCAUUGCUGAGUUGGAAAUAGAAGAGAAUGACGCUUUGAUGCGUUACUUUGCCCAGUGUGAACGGUUCUUGAAGGAGGUGGAGAACAAUGAAAACGCUUUGGAUGAAGUGAAACGUUUCAAUGAAGGCCCUGAGAUGAAGAGAGCAAUGGAGAAAUUGGCAGACAGGCUUGAAGUCCCUUACUCCAGCAUCACUUAUGAUUCAUUAGAAGCAGCAUUCUACCUUUGCUCAUAUGAGUUCACUAUCAAGGGGGUGAACUCGCCCUGGUGCCAGUUGUUUGAUGAGGCAGAUGCACUGGUAAUGGAGUAUUCUAGUGACCUGAAGCAAUACUGGAAGAGAAGCUACGGACACGAGAUCAACAGAAAGUCCAGCUGCAUCCUGUUUCGUGAUCUUUUCUUUCGCCUUGACCGAAUUGUUGCCCAGUUCAACUCCAGUGGUACAGUAUCUGAGGUUGUAACAGUGCAGGUUGGCCAUGCGGAGACGCUGAUACCCCUCCUCACCUUGCUUGAUAUGUUCAAGGAUGACACACCUCUCAAGUCGACUAACUUCGCCACCCAACAGAACAGAACGUUCCGAAGUAGCCGCUUUGUGCCAUACGCUGCCAACCUGCUGGUAGCGCUGUACGAUUGCCCAGAUGGAAUAAGGAUGGGGGUGCGACUAAACGAGAAACCUUUGACCUUGCCUGGACUCAAUGAAUCCGUGCCCAAGUAUGAAGAUGUAAAGAUGCACUACAUUGCUCUUCUCAGAGGGUGUGAUCAAGAGACUGUGUGUAAAAUAAACAAGUCAUAAACACAAGAUGACCACAUUUAACUACACAAACACCACCUGCCAGACUGACAGUGUUGCAGUAUUCAGACGUACAUAAGAACAGCUGCCAAACAAUUGUUUAAGGUUAGAGUAUUUUACUGUAAAAAAACUGUAUUAGGGGACAUUCAGACAGAACGCAUCUCUGCGUCUAUAAACAAGAGAUGCAUCGCUCAGAUAUGUUUUUAUAAAGUGCAACAUAGAACCCCUCCUCUGUCAAGUUGGCGUCAAAUAAAACAGUCGACAUGCCAACUUGCUACUAUAAACAGUAGCUUGCAGCGCUUGCCCCGCCUCCAAAUUAUUCCGAUUGGUUCACUGCCUUUGGAAUUGACAUUGAUGAACAGCGCUGCAUGUAAAAGUAAAUUUUUUUUAACUUGACACGCCGUCUUAAAAACCCGGCGCUUCAAAAGACACGAGAUCAUGCACGUCCGUCAAAUGCGUGUUUACAUAGAAGAAACAAUGGGAAAGUAGCGCAUUGGAAUGGAAAAACACGUUCUAUCUGAAUGCCCCCUUAGGCCGUGUUCAGACAUUACUUCUUUUUUGAAGCUUCUAGCGUCUGUUUUACAGUAUAAUCCUAUUGAGUAAACCAUGUUUUAAAAAAACGCCCGGAGCGCUUUUUCAAAUGCAAGUGUCUUUUUCUGCAACUCAGAGCGACUUUUGAGGUUGAAAAAAGUUCAACUUCUCUGAAAAAGACCUGUCAUUUUCAUGAUAACAUGUGAGGAACGAUUGGUCGAGAAAAUGUAAGUUUAAUUUUCAAUUUCAACAACUUCUGAUUGCAUUUCUAGCGAGAAAUUAGUAUUGUAGUUUUUAAAUAUGUGAUUAGUUAUUGCAAAGACGCUCUCUGUUUGUUAUUCAAAUAGACUUCGGUUACGCUCCCUACCUGUUUCUCCGGACUGCCUUUGUGCACAGUUGCUGCCUCUGAAGUCAUGGCGUUUGGCUGAUAUUUGUAACCAAACGCAGCCAGCAUUUAUUUUUACUAAAAAGCACCUUUGUCAACUUUUUCUUGUCAAAAAAGAAUUCAAGUCUGAACACGGGUAAAGAAGUAUAUGAUACAAAAGAAUUGACCUUGAUGCUUGAUGACUCUGGUUUCUAUGGACCACUGACUAGUCUCCAACCAAGGUUGACUGGACAGGCUUGGACACAAGUUUUAUGGUUCAGCAAAGAAGUAUAACCAAAUUUACCAUCAUAUUAUUACUAGUUAACUAUCUUUAUGGACUGAAUUCUUUGACCAAUAAGUGAAUGAUUUACACAUUGUGCUAUUUAGUACAACAGUAAGUUUUACUUAAUCAUAUAUAAAGCUUAUACAUUCAGACCAAAUAUCUUGUAAAUGUAUAUUUUAUGUAUAAAUGUAUUGUGUGUAUUAUCAUAAUAAUACUGUGUCAGUGACAGUAUUUUUCCUAUAAUUGCAUUUUUUAUAACAAAUUAGAUAUGCAUGCAGAAUAUAUUUAAUAAACUAUGCCUUGACCUUUAAGGCAAAUAUGCAGUA